CUCAAUAUGGCAGCCGUACGGAGUUUGAGAGUUUUGCAAAGUUAUUGUCCCAGUUUAUUGUGAUUUUCCUGGAUUUUCCACAAUAUUUCUCCCAAUUUUCCAGUGUAAUUGGCAAGUUUGGUGUUUGACAAAGUGUAGUGCAGUGCAAAAAAAUCUCCAGUUAUGCUCAUUUUUGUGGUGAUUGAGGGUGAAAAAAUGUUUUCCUAACGCGCUAUGUCAUCGAAUCGGGCAGAUAAACCUGAACAUUGACCAGGAAUGGCUGCAGCUAGCGCAGGGGCGAAGAGCCAAGGAGUUCAGCUGGCGAGUGGAGGAAGUGGUUCGGGAAAGGGUCAGCUGCUGCAGCGUCAGAUCUGCCAUUCCCAGGCCCAGGAUCCCUCGCCAACUUGGGUGCGUCUCAUCACAAACGGCGACAUCAUCUAUGUGAGUCCGAGCGGUGAAGCUCUGAAAUCGCUUGAGCAAGUAAAGGAGUAUCUCUUGCGUCCAGGCACGUGCAAAUGUGGCCUCCCUUGCCCCUUGCGCCCCGAUCUCUAUUUUAACUUUGACCCCAAAUCCCAAUGUCAAUUGGACACUGUACCCCGGGUACCCGGUGCAUGCCUCCAUCAGGCACGAUUGCGCCAGGAGGUGGAUGUGAAGAGCUAUCAGGGGGGAAUGGGAUUUGGUGACAGUAAACUGUCCAAUUUGACACUGUCGAGAGCGCCACCGUGGCGAAAGAGUGUUGGGCAGGAAUUUGAACGUGUACCUCCGUUGCAUCCCCAAAGGGAUAGUCAACCGCCGUGGCAGGAAGAGAAGAGAUUGCAGCGCACGAGAAGUGUUGCUGGUGGUGGGUCGACGAGCACAAAGAAAAGGCCCAAUUUUAAGGAUGAUCCAACGGGAUAUUUGGAUCAUCAAACAGCUAUUUUGCAUAGUUCGAUUUUGAAUGUGCACAGUCCGGAUUUGAGUCAGUUUGACCAGGAGGAAGUUCCUGAGCCCCAGAGUACACAGAUGAAAGUGAGAGGGCAGGGAAUUGUGAGGCAGCAGGUGCCUCAUUUGAUUGGAGACGGUCAAAUGAUGACUAUUCCGGGGCAGAAGAUUGUAAUAAGUGAGCAAAUUCCGGGGCAAACGGUGACUCAUUUGCCCAAUGGAAUGGUACAGAUUCAUCAGAAUCCGGGAGAUGGUGGUCUUGGGAAGACUUCCAAGUUGAUCUGUGCAGCAAGUCAGGAGAGUCCAGUAUCGUCCAGUACGGCAUUUUAUGGGGCUGAAAAUUCACCGAGUGAAUUGAGGCAGCCAGUUCAGGCUGGAAUGAUCACUACGAGCAAUGAUAUGCCGAGUAGUUCUUCGCCGGAAUUGUAUCCGAGAGCUGUGGCAUCGGGUCAUACAGUGGCUAAAAAUACAAUAACUUCAGUUUUGGCUGGAAAAGCUGCCACGACAACGUGCACGACUGCUCCUCAGUUUAUUAGUUCAGCUCCCGGACAGGCCAUGCAGCAGCCCCAAGGGUAUGCCGGGGGCCAAAUUCAAGCUACAAAUCAAUUGAUUAUGACAUCAUCGGGGCAAUUUUUGGUAAUGCCGGCGAGUCAGGGUGCUCAAACGGCUCCCAAAGUGUCCACGGCGACUGGUCAAAUGAUAAAUCCUGGAAAUACUCUAGUGAUAAAUAAUGCCCAUCCACAGAUUCUCAAUGGAGGCAGUUUACUGUCCGGAAACAUUGAAAUUGUCAAUGGGCAGGAUGUCACUCAAGCAUCGAGAGUGAUACAGGGUGGACAGAAUCUCUUGCCAACUGGCCAGAAUAUCAUUUCAAAUGCCGGAAAUUCAUUUAUUGUGAAUUCCGGAAAUGCCGGACAGGUUCAAUCGGUGAUUCUCAAUAAUUCAAAUAUGAUGAAUACCGGUGGAUUGUCACCGGCCACAGGGAAGGUCAUCCAGAAUGGUGGUAGUGUCAAUCAAUUGAUAAACAAUGGCACAAUGGUCCUCAAUACACUUCCAAGUGGUUUUGUCGUUCAGCAACCUCAGGGGAAUUUUGCACUGCACGAUGGGGGCGUUGUAGACACUUCCGGGGGAGCAUGGCAGCAGAGGACAGUUCUGCUGUCCCCGUCAGAGGUCAAACGGAAGGUGAAGAAGAGAAAAAGCAUGUGCAGUCCUCAGAAUGUUUCCCCCCAAAUUUCCCCGCAGCUUCAAAUGGUCGGAGCAUCGACUAUCGGUCAAGCCCCUCACUAUACCACCCCCCAGGCUCCAUAUCUCGGUAGUCAACUAUCACAGUUGACAAUUGUCCCAGCCGGAAAGGCUCCCACGAGCUCAACUCAAGCGCCCCAGCAGCAAAUAAUUGUCCAUCAAAAUGGACAGACAAUCCUUCAGCCAGUGAAUCUCAUAGGGCAACAACUGCUCGUCCCUGCUGGCCUGGUGGUGACCCCAGCACCAACAGAGACCCUUCUGCAGAUCCAGAAUGUCUCUCAGAAUCUCCUGACUCAGACCCAACAAAUGGUCCUGAGAGCUCCGAGUCCGCAGAACAAAACGGCCUUCCUGAGUCCCAAUUCGGCAGGACAGCAAUUUAUUGUGUCGGGAAAUGGUCAAGUGAGCCCCCUGGGACAGAUCUAUAGUACUCCAGGGGGUGGCACUGUGGGCCUAAUGGUGCCACAGACAAGUCAAAAUCAGACUUUUGUGCAGCAAAACACAACAAUUGUCCAGCAACAGACGACUCUGCUGGGUUCGCAGAAUGGGGCUCAGAAGCAAUCAAUGGACAUUGAGGAGCAGCAUCAGGGCAUCCAGGGCACUUCGUCACCACCAGACACCACAACUUACAGUCCACAGAGUCCAGAUCGACCGGCCAGCGAGAGGAGUGUGGACAGUGACAGCAAUAUGGUGCAGUGUGUGUCGAGUUCCGAGCCGGACUCGGUGAUUUCGCCCCUUGUGGAUGGCCUGGAGACUCCGCUGGGACAUCAUGCGCAACAGGAAUUCGAGGCGAGACUCAGAAGUGGCCAGCAGAAUUUCCAACAGCACCAGAAUGUCUUUAAGCCAUCUGAUGCUAAAGUAAGACGACUCCAGAGUUCAUCAAUUGCUAUCCCAGUCUAUCGAAAUCCAUCCAAGAUGAAGAUGAGUGAUCUAAAUGGAUUUUUCUUAGGUCCUCAACAGUAAAAAAAAAAUAAAGAAAGGAGAGAAGGAAAAUAUAAUUUAUAUAUAUUUGAUAUAUAUUAGGAUCUUUGAUAAAGAUGAUAAAAAAAUGAAAGAUUUAAAAGAUAAUUUUUAAAUUUGUAAUAUAAUGUACAAAAUGUUUUUUUUUCGUAUGAUUUUUUUUUUGUAGGAGAUUAGGAGUUUUUUUUUAAAGAAAAAAAAACUUGGUUUUUUUUAAAGAAAUGUUUCGUCUUUUUAGGAAUAUAAGAAAAAUUGUGCAAACACAAUUUAAAGCAUGAUUAAUGAAUUGUUGUAUAAAAAAGAUAUUUUUUAUUUCUUUGAAUGGCAGUUGAUAAAAAUUUUAAACUACUUAGAAUAACACUUGCUGACUUAGAAGACAAAAAGAAAAAUGAUGAGAAAAAAUUUCCCAGUAAAUAGGACGUAUUUAUAAAAAAAAGGUAUAUUUGUCAUUUUUUCUAUUAAACAAGAAAAAAAAGAAAAGAAAUAAAUAAUAGAGAUAGUUUGUACAAA